AUGGCUCUCUUCGCAAAGAUCACAACUUUUCCACCCUUGGGUGGUGUCACAAUUGUUCCGCCAUCAAGGAAGCAUUUCGAGUUCACUGUUGUCGUUGAGUCUUCGACGUCCUUACCGGAUCAACCUUGGGAGGUGGCGAUAUGGUAUGACCACGCCACGUGCUAUGGCACAAGCAACGACGAAUGGAGAGCCCUUGCACUUAACAAGACCGAUGUCACACCCACAAUGCUGUGCGACAACAGAGAUAGUGGGCUCCAUCGCUACACAUUCGAGGGCAGUCUCCCAACGCCUUUUCCAGCAGAAGCCAGAACAUACAAAGGUCGUAAAGUAAGGUUUACUGUUCGCUAUCGCAUAAACUCCAAUGAGCACUGGACAUGGGUCCACGAUGUCUUCGGCACUAGCGACGGAGAGGUCAUUUUGCAACCACCGGUCGAUCCAAAUUACCUCGGCGGCUCUCCAGUCGAGUUACACGAAGGAUGGCACACGCGAAAGUUAGCUAGUGAGGCCCCAGGUGCCAAGCUGUACAGUUGUGAAUCCGUAAAUACCAUACCCUUUGAGAGCGACCAUGCACGCGAGGAACGCAAGAUUCUGGGAAAGCUUGUCACGGCACAUAGAUGGUUCGCAUUAGUCAGGAUAUGGUCACCAUGGCUUGCACCUAGACAUGGAAACGAGUUCUUUCGGCUUACAGAACCAGCUAUUCUGUUGUCGUUUCUCCGCAGUGACGGCCUGCAUGUUGUGCUGCUGGCCAUAAAUGGCAUCGACGAAGUGUUAACGACUUUCAAGUCAGACGACGAAGGUAACAUAGUGGUGGCAGCCAGGAACGAUACCGGCAAGGAUCGCAAAUUCAAAGUUCUUGCAGCAUCGGCCUACGAUUUUCAUACAGCUAACGCCGCGGUCAUGUACGAGAUGCGGAAGCAAGUGAGGACAUCGGCAGCAUAUCAAGAAUCGGCACAUUCGCUGCCAACUCACGUACGCCACGAGUCCCUGGAAUCGGAGGCUGACACAAUUCUCAUAUCCAAUAUACAUGACAAUCGUGACCCUUCUAGCAACGACAACCCUACACCACAGUGGUUGGCAUCCUGGUACGACUCGCUCGCGUACUGCACGUGGAAUUCAUUGGGACAAGAUUUGAAUCAGGAGAAGAUCAUAAAAGCCCUUCAGCAUUUUCAAGAUAAUGACAUCCAUAUCGCAAACAUGAUUAUCGACGACAACUGGCAGUCGAUUACGGGCACCCAAGGCGUCGACAAUCAAUUUCAACGAGCAAUGACUGAUUUCGAAGCAACUCCUCAUGCAUUCCCGAAUGGUCUUAAACAUGGCAUUGACGAGAUACGGCAACGCUUCCCGCAUAUACGCGACAUAGCGGUCUGGCAUGCUCUCUUUGGAUACUGGGGAUGUAUAUCACCCGACCAUGGCGAAAUCAAAGACAAAUACAAGUUGCGCAAAAUUAUGCUUGCAGAAGGUACACCAGCGGCAGGUGAAAGAUAUACAAUUGACCCAGAAGAUGUGCAUAGAUUUUAUUCCGACUUCUACUCGUUUCUGUCACAAUCGGGCAUCUCAGCUGUAAAGACGGACGUGCAGUUCUAUCUAGAUCUCCUGGUAAACACGAAAGACCGUCGCGAACUCACUACAGCGUAUCAGUCAGCAUGGACGCAAGCACAUCUUCGACAUCUAUCUGGCAAAGCAAUCUCGUGUAUGUCCCAGGUCCCACAAAUUCUGUUUCAUUCCUUUCUGCCAACCAACACACCUCGAAUCCUGUUACGGAACAGCGACGACUUUUUUCCGAACGUACCGACAUCGCAUCCAUGGCACGUCUUUGCGAACGCACAUACUGCACUGUUUGUCCAGCACCUCAAUGUUCUGCCGGAUUGGGACAUGUUUCAAACAAGCCACGCAUACUCCGGAUUCCACGCUGCAGCACGAUGUGUAAGUGGUGGACCAAUCUAUAUCACAGACUAUCCUGGUGAGAGCGACGUAGACCUCAUCAAACAAAUGACAGCCAAGAACCCACGAGGUGAUACAGUCGUGCUGAGACCAAGUACGGUAGGUAAGACGUUGGGAAUCUACGACAGCUAUGAAUCCGGAGUAGUCCUCAAGGUUGGCUGCUACAAUGGACGGGCCGAGGUGGGAACGGGUAUGAUUGGCGUCUUCAACGUGGCUGAGAGGGAAGUCAAUUUCCUGUUUCCGAUUACGAGGAUACCUGGAGUUGAUCUAAACGAUACUGCCAACCCAGAAAAGAAGACCUGGGUUGUCAGAAGUCAUGUAUCAAGGAAGAUUACACGGCCAAUUACGCCAGUGCUGCCGAUAAGAGGUGGCAUACUGGUGCAAGGUAAUUUACCUAUACGUGGGUAUGACAUUUGGAGUGCAGUUCCAGUACACGGACCAUUUGUGCUUGAUGGUGAUAGAAGAUUUGACGUCGCUGUUAUUGGUCUGCUAGGCAAGAUGACGGGAGCAUGCGCACUAGAGGGCAGUCGCUUCAGUAUCACUGGACCAGCAGAUGCUGAUGAAGAUACAUGGAGUGAGAAACACCGAACUGUGCAGCGCAGGCUAAAAGCUGAUGUGACACUAAAAGCGCUAGGAACGCUGGGUGUUUGGUUCCAAUGCACAGGAUCUGAAGACGCAAUCACGGUUGAUGACAACUUGUUGGUACUGAUGAAAGGAGUGGUCGUACCCAGAAAAAGAGUCAGCAUAAAUACGGAUGGCCUUGAUGGUGUUUCUCUUCAAGACGACACCGAAAGGCCCAAUGCCAAGGUGGGUCUGAUAGAGAUCGAUGUGCAAGGCGCCUGGGACGACACGGGUCUAGAGGCAGGGUGGAACAACGAGGUGGGUGUAGAUAUCUAUAUCUCGUAG